GUGUGUAGUCUGUCUGUAGGAUUUACACAAGGCGCAGCACUCUUGCCCCGAUAACUUACUUGAAACUGUUUUUAAGGCAGUUUCACAGAUUUAGUGGGCUUUAUCACCUUUAAAUAAACCUCUCAUGGCAUCUAUGGACAGUCAGUGUAGCAAUACCCUGACGGCAAAUGGCGUGAUGUCACUGAAGCUCCACCACCUCCAUCGGUGUAGACUCUCCUUUUCCUGUGAGGCUCAGGAAGGCUUCACACACACAGUUCAGGACUGGUCCAGGACUGCUAUUUAAGUUUCACACAGAGACACGGAGACUGUUCCUAGUUGAGGUCAACCACAGACAACAAGAAAGAGAAGAGAAGAGAAGCAGGAUGGAGGCGAGCGGCUUGUUGUCUCUGGUGGUGUUUUGCUCUCUCAGUAAGCUGCUCGUGAUGGCCAGCCCCGAAGUCAACGACUCCCAACAAGAGCACCACUCUGAGAGUCAUCAGGGAGAAAUUGGAGUCACACGCAACAAGAUUGUAACAGCGCAGUACGAAUGUUUCCAGAGGAUCCUGAAGGGCUCCCAUCACCGCAAAACAGGGCCGGGGCCAAUGUGCAACAGGACGUGGGACGGCUGGUUAUGUUGGGAAGAGACCGAGGCGGGCUUCACCACAGAGCAACACUGUCCUGACUACUUCCAAAACUUUGACACCAAAGAAAUGGCAUCAAAAAUAUGCACAGAGAGCGGACACUGGGGUCGGCACCCGCAAAGCAACAGGACGUGGACAAACUACACAAAGUGCACAGUACACAUCGUGCAAAGCAGAAUGACAGCGAUGAAUCUCUUCUAUCUGGUGCUGAUCGGACAUGGCUUGUCGCUGACGUCGUUGUUCAUAUCCCUGGGAAUAUUCUUCCAUUUCAAAAGUCUGAGCUGCCAGAGAAUAACGCUCCACAAGAACCUCUUUUUCUCCUUCGUGCUGAACUCGGUCAUCACCAUCAUCUGGCUGACGACGGUCGCCAACAACCAGGAGCCCAUGCACAGCAACUCUGUGAGCUGUAAGGUGAUCAUGUUCAUCCACCUUUAUCUGUUGAGCUGUAACUACUUCUGGAUGUUAUGUGAGGGAAUCUAUCUGCACACGCUCAUCGUGGUUGCCGUGUUUGCUGAGAAACAGCACCUGAUGUGGUACUAUUUACUAGGAUGGGGUUUUCCGUUGGUGCCGGCGCUGAUACACGCAGUAGCUCGUCACUGCUACUACAACGACAACUGCUGGAUCAGCUCAGACACCUCCCUGCUCUACAUCAUCCACAGCCCCAUCUGUGCCGCGCUGCUGGUUAACCUUUUCUUCCUGCUGAACAUUGUUCGUGUGCUCAUCACCAAGCUGAAGGUGACUCACCAGGCCGAGUCCAGUCUCUACAUGAAGGCGGUGAGAGCCACGCUUAUCUUGGUCCCGCUCCUCGGCAUCCAGUUCGUCCUGAUCCCGUACAAACCACAGGGCCACCUGGCCUUUGAGAUCUUCCAGUAUGUCAUGACCAUCCUCAUGCACUACCAGGGCCUCCUGGUCGCCACAAUAUUCUGCUUCUUCAACGGGGAGGUCCAGAGCGUUCUGCGUAGACAUUGGAACCAGCAGCGGAUGCAGUUUGGAGGAACCUUUGCCAAUGCAGACAUCUUCCGUUCGGCGUCUUACGUGGCGUCAUCACUGACAGAGGUCCACCGCUGCUACAGCAUCGACAGCCACACCACUGAACACAUGAACGGGAAGGGCUACCAUGACAUCCAGACCACCAUCCUCCGCUCAGACAACCCGUUCGCCUGAGGUGGGCGACACUGAACUCAAGCCCCUUCCUCCAAGAAAUAUCUCAUACUUGUGUUUCUUAAACAAGCUGCAAAGAGAAGUAAAUAAAAUAUCAUCUAUACAUUUUCCUGGAGACUUUCCAUGGCAGAUGAUCAUACAACUUUUUUUCUUUUUUGUGUUUUUCCAUCUUCAAACCGGUAAACUCAUUAACGGAUGUUCAAAAAGGAAUUUUUGAUGGAGAAGUUUGUGGCCAAACUCACCUUUCUUCUUAUAUAGUAUAAAAUCAGUAUUCACUGUUGUAUUAUUAACCCAAGGAAUUCUCAUGUGUUUUAUCGUGUGGAUUAAACUUGACAGAAAGCCCCCAACACAGAAGAGGAAGUGCUGAAGUCCAAGAGUCAAGACUGACCUUGGUGUUCUGAUCUGCUCCUGCACAAGGAUAUUUGUCAUGGGUUAUUGGACAGUUGUUGUCUUGCACAAAGAGAGAUAAUGACUCUUGAAGGCAGAUUUCUAAAAGGUGCUCAUUACAUGAGGGAUAGUUUUAACCAAGAAUCCCACUAGUCACAUUUCUACUACAGUCAUACUGUAGAACGUUGUGCUUUAACUUCACACCAACACUUGUGAUAAAAAGAAGCUAGCUAGCAGUCAUCUCGACAGUUUUAGUUUUUUAUACUUAUGCAUGUAGAAUAGUUUGAAGAGUGCUACUCAAACACUACAUGUCUUGUUAGCCUUAAAAAGUUUGAAAAGCAUAUCAAAUCUACGACACACUGAAGAACCGUCCUAUCUGGUAUGGUUGAUACUCUGUCAGUCUGGACGGUACCGGGCUGUAAUGUGUAUCUGGCACAACAUCAUCAUACAGAAUACUCUCCAUGGUAUGAUGCAUGGAAGGAACCACCAGUAUGACCGCUGUGUUUGACAAAUUUAACUUCUUUUUGGAUGGAAUUAGUAUUAUGAAUAGUAUGAAGUAUUACAGGCCAACCUGUAAAACCACAAAUCAGUGACACAUGAGGGAUAAAUCUAUUUUAUCGCCCACAAUGAAUGAGGUAUAGCUCUUCGUUUGAGGAAACACAAAAAGUCCACCUGGAAAGAGAACACAACAAUACAAUCACCUCACCAUCUCAGUGUGAGCAGACUGCCGAUACGCCAUGAAACAUGAAUUAGUGACAUUUAAAAAGAAUGAAUUCAUAUACACUACCGUUCAAAAGUUUGGGA